GGACCUUUUGAACAUGUGCUGAAGCAGGCUGCUGUGGAACGCCUGUCAACUGGGACGUCCUGAGGUGGAGGCAGAGGCAGAGCUGGGAGGGUGAGAGGAGAUUGUGUGUCCCGGCUGGUUUUCAGGAGUCAGACAGAGGGAGAGAGAGAGAGAGAGAAAGAGAGAAGGUGCAGAGAGAGGGUCUGCGGUGGGUGUUUUCAGAAAGACGUGCAAGUUCACGGGUCUGUGCCACUCGGAGGAUCAUUAAUGCUGGGAACAGGAGUUUGAUAUCUGUCACAGAAGGACGACAGCAGCUCUCAUGCAGACUCAGCAAAGUGCAGCGGAAGUGCGGGGCUAUGGCUCCCAGAUCGCCUUUUCCGGGGAGCCCGAGGUGCCUUCAGGCCAGCGAAGCUUGAGUUCUCCUGAUCGGGCUUAUGAGGUGGUCAUCUCCCCGGGACUCCCGACUCCUCCUCUGAGCCCCUUUCACACCUCGAGGCUGCCAUCUGCAGCUGUCAAGGGGUCAGAGUUUAAUGGAGGAGGUCCAGCUACUCCCAGCUUUGGAUCGUACUACGGACCAUCGCAGUCCCAGGGUGGUUUGUCCAAUGGAGUCCAGGAUUCCUCCAGUUUACCUCGCAGCUGGACGCCAACCAAGGAGGAGAGGCUCAUCAAGUUCUCAGGAAUCGGGCCGGUGGAUGAGACGGGGAUGCCCAUCGCCUCCAGAUCUAGUGUGAACAAGCCCAAAGAGUGGUACAGGAGCAUGUUCAGGCAGAUCCACAGGAAGCCACAGGAGCUGGAAGAUUCAGAUCAGUGGUCAACAGAACGUCCGCCCUCGUCUGCCGACAGAGAGGAAAGCAACGAAACAGACAAGAAUCUCUUCAGACUGACACCGUAUGGAUCCCUGCCAGACUGGAGCGAGGAUGUAGAUAAGCUGUCAGAGCCUGGAAAGCGACAACCCCAGCCGAAGAGCAUAUUCGACUUUGAGCCCAUUCAAAGCAGCGCCUCAGAGAGCCACAGCCAGAGCUUUUUAUCUCCAAAAAUCCAAUUUGAGAAACCAAAGUCCCCUUCCAUUGAGGCCAGCCUGGUGUCCGAGCUGAGUCGCUUUGAGGCUGAGCUGGACUCGGAGAUUCUGGGCCUGGAGAGGAGGCUUUCUCAGAAGAAGCAGCAUCGAGGCCGGGGUGAGGAGGCCAGAGGCAGGGAUCCAGAUCCUGCUCCAAAGACCGGCUCUACCAUCUACAGCUGCUUAUCAGCAUCGAAGCAGCCUGUUCAGCGUCCUGUUGGCUCGUCAUCGACAUCUGCUCCUGCACAUGUAGAGCGGCUGUCGCCUGCGAAAGAAAACAUGGAGCUCCCAUCAAAAAAGGAGGAGAAAAAGAUGAAAGCUGCAAGAGCCAAGUUUAACUUCAAAGCUCAGUCACCCAAAGAGCUGACGCUGCAAAAAGGCGACAUCGUUUACAUCCACAGGCAGGUCGAUGCUAACUGGUUUGAAGGGGAGCAUCACGGACGAGCCGGUAUUUUCCCCACUUCUUACGUGGAGAUUCUGCCUCCGACAGAGAAGCCGACACCUCUCAGGUCGCCGACCCUUCAGGUGCUGGAGUACGGGGAAGCUGUGGCUCUGUACAACUUCAACGCUGAUCUACCUGUUGAACUGUCUUUCCGUAAAGGCGAGGUGAUCUGUGUAACCAGGCAAGUUGACGACAAAUGGUUGGAGGGCAGGAUCUCUGGGACGAGCCGGAGCGGCAUCUUCCCCGCCAGUUACGUCCAGGUCAACAAGAUGCCCCGCACCAAAUUCUCCACGGAUGACUUCCCACCCAGCCCCUUGUCUCCCACCUCCCCUGGACCGCAAAGUCCAGGACGGCCGCUGCACACCCCGCUCUCUUCCACGUCCCCGGGCCCCAGACCCGAGCACUCCCCAGCUAAACUGUCCUCACCUGUUCCAGCCUCACAGCCACGCUCCCCCACCCAGAUCCACAACCGUACCCCUGACAGCAUCUUCAAAACAGUUUCUCCCAGCAACCAGAACAGCCACGUGUCUGUGCCGCGCUCUGCCGGCCUGAGCUCCACAGUUAGAGCAGGUUCCUCAUCGCCUGCGCACAGAGCCGGAGCCCCUGCAGCCAGCAGAUACACUGAUCCCCCACAGAUUGCUCCCUCUAAUCCACACAUCAACUCACAACCACAGAGAAGUCCUGGUUCGUCAGCGGUGCAACGCCAACCGUAUAAAGCUAUUUACAACUACAUGCCACAGAACACAGACGAGCUGGAGCUCAGGGAAGGAGACAUCGUACACGUGAUGGAGAAAUGUGAUGACGGCUGGUUUGUAGGUACGUCAGAACGGACUCGUGAUUUUGGGACUUUUCCUGGGAAUUAUGUGGCACCGGUUUGACUUCCUCACUUCACUGCCUGCCACCGUCCAUCGGGACUAACAUGAGCCUAUCAGACGAAAACAUCUCGGUCCUGUUUUAACUUAGCGACGCCUGCAUGUUCACAUAGGGAGGAACAAAAUGUGGUUUCACUCCUCACCUCCCUGCAUGUUUGUGCACCUACACAAUGUGUGUGUUUGUGUUUGCACAGAGUGAUCGGAAGAGAAUUUUUGUACAAAUAACGCGAGAGGAACAAAUAACGCUGAUGUGACAGUUUUACAUGUCCAUGAUGAUUUUUUUUUUCUUUUUACCACAACUAUUUGCAGCUGCAGGAAGUUUGCAUUCCUUCCCACAGAACACCACGGUUCCCUCAGAGGUUCUGAUCCGGCUCACUGCUGCACUCAGCUUGAAGUUGUCACAGUGCCAUCACAUACCACUGCUGAGAAUUAGGAACCGAACCAGGAUUACUGUGUGAAUGCUGAAUGAGCAUGGAUAUGAUUGGAUUUUUGCCAACCCUUUGCUACACUUAGCUUUUAGUUAUCCUGUUGCUACUUUUAGUUUUAGAUAGCCUUUCACUACUUCUAGCUAUCCUUUUGCUACUUCUUAUUAGCGUUUUCCUACCACUUUGCUGCUUCUUUUUAGCUUUUUGCAACUUUUUGUUGCCAUUUUGCUUCUUGUUAUUAGCCAUUUGCUACUAUUUUACUAUUCUCAUUAGCCUUUUGCUACGUUUAGCUACCAUUUUGCUACUUUUCAUUAGCCCUUUUGAAUUAUUUUGCUCAUCAUUAAUCCCUUUUCUACUUUUAGCUUAUGUUUUGUUACAUUUAGCUAAAAUUUAGCCUUUUCAGCAUUAAGAAAGCAUUUUAAUUGUAAAGCCAAAGCUUGCAUUCUUUAUUUUAAGAUUUGAGAUUUUAAGCUCCUAGUGUGCUUCUUCUACUUUAGCUUGUGUUCUGCUUCCUUUAGCUUCUAGGUUUUGUUUCUUUUAAACAUUUUAUAACUUUCACAUU